AUGGCAGACGCUAAAGUAGAAAUAGCUGCCGAAGGCUCUACUGCUUUGUCACAAAGUGCGAACGGAACGCCUCAGCCUAACAACCCGCUGUCGAGGAAGCUGAAUAAAAUUUUGGAGACACGACUUGACAAUGACAAGGAGAUGCUGGAGGCUCUGACGGCCCUGUCGGAGUUCUUCACCGAGAACAGCCUUCGCACGCGGAGAAACCUGCGCGGCGACAUCGAGCGAAGAAGCCUGGCAAUCAACGAGGACUUUGCGCGAAUAUUUAAAGAAGUCAUAGACGAACUGGAGAGCGUAAACGAGGACGUUCUGGCCAUGAGCACGUGCUGUUCAGAGAUGACCAGCAGGUUAAAGGCCGCCAAAGAGCAAACUCAAGACUUGAUCGUGAAAACUAACAAGCUUCAAGGAGAAAACCAUCGUUUGGAAGUGAGGGCUCAAGUCGCUCGGGCCUUCCUCGCCAAGUUCCAGUUGACCAGUGAGGAGAUGAGCACGCUGCGAGGAGCCAGGGAUGCACCUAUUACAGAGGGCUUCUUCAAAGCCCUCAAUCGAGUGAAGCAAAUUCACGAAGAUGUGAAAGUACUGCUACGGACCAAUCAGCAAACUGCGGGACUGGAGAUCAUGGAGCAGAUGGCCGUGUUGCAGGAGGCGGCGUAUGAACAGCUCUACCGCUGGGCUCAGAGCGAGUGCAGAGGUCUAACCCAGGAGACGUGUGACAUCAGCCCCAUGUUGACCCAAGCGAUGGAAGCCCUACAAGACCGGCCGGUCCUUUACAAAUACACUCUGGACGAAUUCGGGACGGCACGCAGGAGUGCGGUGGUGCGCGGGUUCAUUGAUGCCCUGACGCGCGGGGGGCCGGGCGGGACCCCGAGGCCCAUCGAGAUGCACUCGCAUGACCCCAUGAGGUAUGUGGGAGACAUGCUGGCCUGGCUGCACCAAGCCACCGCCUCUGAGAAGGAGCAUCUGGAAGCGCUGCUUAAGCAAGUCACCGUCCAAGGUGUGGAGGACAACAUGCAGGAAGUGGUUGGACACAUUACAGAAGGAGUGUGCAGACCUCUAAAAGUUCGAAUCGAGCAGGUGAUCGUGGCCGAACCUGGCGCCGUUCUGCUUUACAAGCUGUCCAACUUGUUAAAAUUCUACCAUCACACCAUCAGUUCCAUCGUGGGGACCAGCGUGGCCUCGCUGCUGAUGACCAUGGAGGAGAUGCACGUGCUUAGCAAAAAGAUGUUCUUCAACAGCCUUAGCCUACAUGCAAGCAGACUCAUGGGAAAGGUGGAGCUUCCUCCUCCCGACUUGGGCCCCACCACAUCCCUGACCCAGACGUUGUCGCUCCUCAGGGAGGUUCUCGCCUCUCACGACUCCUCCGUGGUACCCGUGGGUGCCCGCCAGGCCGACUUUGCCCAGGUGCUGUCAUGCAUUCUGGACCCGCUCCUUCAGCUGUGCACGGUGUCCGCUAGCAACCUGGGCACGGCCGACAUGGCCACCUACAUGGUCAACUCGCUGUACGUCAUGAAAACCACGCUGUCCCUUUUUGAGUUUACCGACAAGAGGCUGGAGAUGCUGGAGUUUCAGAUUGAGGCUCACCUUGACACGCUGAUCAACGAGCAGGCGUCGUACGUGCUGACCAGAGCGGGCCUGGGCUACAUCUACAACUGCGUGCAGCAGCACGCCGCCGACCAGGGUCUUUUGUCCCAGCUGCCUGGCAUGGACGUCUCCUCCUUGAAAUCGGCCAUGGCCCAGUUCGACCGCUACCUGUCCUCGCCCGACAGCCUGUCGAUGCCUCAACUCAACUUCCUGCUGAGCGCCGCCAUCAAGGAACAAAUCUUUUCCCAGUCCACCGAGCUGGUGUGCCGAGCGUACGGCGAGGUCCGUUUGGCGCUGAGCGGCCCGAGCGGCGGCUACGAGGACCCCGAGCGCCUCUUCCCCAGAUCCCCCGAGCAAGUCCGGGCCCUGUUGUCGUGA